AUGUGUGAUAAGCAUCCAGCGUCGGCUAUGCCAUCAGAGCCACCGAGGCCGGUCUUCUUCCUUACGCACCCGCGGACGGCAUCAAACUUGGUCAUGUACAUGCUCCAAGAUCAUCCCGGCCUUGGAACGAUCGAAUAUCCUUUCAUCGACACAUACUACUUUGGACAAGAAGCGUUGACUCUUAGGGAGAAUGCACGCAUGAACGAUGCAAAGAAACGCAUGCAAACCGACAAUGCUCUUUUUCAAACCUAUCAAGAGGCUUUCGAUCAGCWAGAGAAAUCCAUCGACAAUGUACAAGCAAUGCACAAGACACCAUUCAUUAAAGAGCACGUCCUCGCCAUUAUGAAACCAGAGGUCAUUCGCACACAUCUCAAGCGUGAGCUUCAAGCCCGACAGUCCACACCGCGGGUCGUAGAACGAUCCGGUGUUACGGAAGAUAAUGCUAGCGAACCUGCUGGUGUGGCGCACGAUGAUGACAAUCCCACGAUUCUACCAACAAGAUUUCUGCAUCGCACGAAGCCAGUGUUCCUCAUUCGUCAUCCGGCGCUGGUCUUUGAGUCCAUAUUGCGAGUCAGUGGACCAACAAUGGGAGCUCGCGUGGAGGACGACGAAUUUGCUGGCGUCGAAGCGAGCUUUCGCUGGACGAGACUUGUCUACGACUGGUUCACGACCUUCUCCAAUGCAGAUGCUGCAGGUCCGGUGAUAUUGAACGCUUACGACGUGGUUCAGAAUCCUGCAGUGGUCUCAAGCUUAUGCGAGCAGCUGCAGCUCGAUCCGGCCGGAGUUCGUUUCGAGUGGGACGCUGUAGCUCCCUCCGCCAUCGAAGCUCAAACUCCGUACCACCAGUUUUUCUUCUCAACGAUAGAAGGCUCGAGCGGUGUGCGUCGGGACAUGCAUUUUCCUAAUGAGGAGGAGGGCAUCGAUCUAGAUGCCAUGGCAGCAAAGUGGGAGCAAACGUAUGGCGGGAUGGUUUCUGCUGCGUUGAAAAUAUUAGUGGAGGCCGCGAUGCCUGAUUAUCUGUAUUUGAGCAGUCUUGCAUUCCGCGUACGAUAG